GUUUGGCAGGUGUAUCGGAAGUGUACACCAUGGCGUUUAACUUCUCUUACCUGCACCAGGUGAGACUGCAUAAAAGUCAACUUGAAACUUCGAGAAGUCUCCGGUCCUGGCGAAUAAAGAACGUUUUUGAUAAGAUGAAUAACCCUAUUCCUGCUAACCUAAGAUCUGAGAGCACUGAAGGAUCCAAUGGGACCUGGCAAACUUAUUCCAGCCCAUGUGAUUGCCAAGCCUCAUGGACUGGCCGUCCUGUCACUCUUCAAUGCAGGUUUCAUGAUUACUGUGAGGGAUGGCAGUGGGAUAGUGAUCGCAAGGCACACUGAUGGAACCAUUGACAUUGCUGGACUCGGUGGAGGAUUUAAACUUGGUCUGGAGAUGAGUUCAGCACCAGCUAGACCACGGCCUCCCACACAGAGAGCUGCUUCCUCCUACAUACCCAAGACACAGGCUUCUGCAGCUGUGAAACCAGCUCUGUAUCCAAACUUGGACAACCGGGAUACCGAAGAUCAAGCAUCAGGUGGUGCUUUAGUGGUCGCCAGCAGCCUGGAGAUCUGAGCUUUGUUCUAGAAGAUCACAUCACUGUUUUCACCAAAAGCUACACGCAGAACGACUGGUGGGAAGGAGAACUAAGAGUUCAGGUUGGGAUAUUCCAGCUUAUUGUGUGUCCUAUAGCUGAAGGUACAAAAAAAGAAAAGAAAAGAAAAGAAACAUCUCAAACUGAUGACAAAUGAUGUCUGGCAUUGAAGGGUCCUUUUCUUUUGCACAGUUUGAAAUGACAUUUCAUGAUGAAGGAGUAUAUUUUUAAGAGCACUUGGGGUCAGUGAUCCCCCUUAGGGCUCUGUUUUUCAAUGUUCCUGGCAUUGGUGAAAUAUUUUCUUUAUUUAAUUUCUGCCAUUCAGUUACUGGAAUGUGGGUCGACUACUAAAGUGUUCUCAUUUUAUAUGUUUAGUUAUGGAAUAGUUUAGACACACACACAUAUACAAUUAUGCUUUAUAUGCAUACACAGAAACCAAAAAAGUGACAUUGUGGUAUUUUAAGUUAAGUUGCUCCAGGUAUUUGACAGCACAAUGGUUUUCCAUUGUGGGCUGCUUGUUUUCCCUCUGAUAGCACUGCACAGCUGUUGCAAACAAAUGUAAUUACAAAUGAUAAGCUUCGUAGUUUAUAACAAGCCUUAUUUAUUGUUUUAUGAAUUAAAAUCUUUUAACUUCACGUCUGCCUUAUUGCUACUUCCUUUUUAGGAAGCGAAUGAAUAAUUGCUUUUGUUGCUUUAAUUUAUUGCUGUUUGCACAAAUGUUAAUCAAACAUGAAUUGUUUUCCUACUGGUUUUAAAUGCCAAUAAAUGUAUAUCAGUUCUGAUAAAGAUUAUUACGUAACUUUUAACUUACAAUUUGUCUGUGGUGCUGGUUUAAGUCUUGAUUCUUCUUACUGUAACAAACGAGUUAGAAGUUAAAAUGUAUCAUAUUGACACUUGCUCAUUCUUGCAAGUGUCCUUGCCUACUAGGUGUCAAUACAAGCUAAAGAUCUUGUUCUGAGUACGGAGUACAACAAUCAAGUAGAAAAUAGCUAUUGUGCAUCUCCUUUGAAAAGUCUUGUUAAAUAGGCAACUUAUAUAAUGCAAUAAGCAAAAUGCUAAUUCUUUUUACAGCUGGUAAGAAUAACAGCUAUAGCUGAAUUUUCAAACACAGCAGAUAUAUGCAUAGGUCAGUGCAUAAAUAUGUGCAGAGAGUUGUUCCUGUUGAAAGACUUCAACUGAUUGAAUGUGUUUGGAACUUUUUUUAGUCCACACUUCUCUACAGUACAUGGAAAUUUUAGUAAGCAGCUGGAUUGGAAAAAUUGAAUUAAAUGGUAGAAAAGUUCAAGA